CCUUUGACCAAUUAAUAGGAAACAUUUAUUCUUUUUUUUUUAACUGCGAAUGCGCGAAACAAGUAAAAAGAAGGAUAUAUUAUCGGUGAAAGGUUUGCUAAGAGGAUAAGUAGGGAGUUUGUUAUGUACAAAUCCAGAUCUUAUUCAAAGGAACACGUUGAAAGGUCCAGGGAUGACGAAGCCACCGGAGAUAGUGUGUUUCGGGGAGAUGUUGAUCGAUUUCGUUCCUGAUUCAGCAGGAGUAUCCUUAGCAGAGUCUACUGGCUUUCUGAAAGCCCCCGGAGGUGCCCCUGCCAAUGUUGCUUGCGCCAUUACCAAACUUGACGGCACCUCUGCCUUCAUUGGCAAGGUGGGAGAUGAUGAGUUUGGGCGCAUGUUGGUAGAUAUAUUGAAGAGUAACGGGGUGAACAGAGAAGGAGUGUGCUUUGAUAUGCAGGCAAGGACAGCGUUGGCGUUUGUGACACUGAAGAGCAACGGAGAGAGGGAAUUCAUGUUCUACAGGAACCCUAGCGCAGACAUGCUACUCAAGGAGCCUGAGCUCAACUUGGGUCUCAUCAAGCAAGCCAAGAUCUUUCACUAUGGUUCCAUUAGCUUAAUCUCCGAACCUUGCAGGUCUGCUCACAUGGCUGCCAUGAAAGCUGCCAAAGAUGCAGGUGUCCUACUCUCAUACGACCCCAAUGUUCGUCUUCCUCUCUGGCCUUCCCCUGAAGCUGCCAGAGAAGGUAUCCGAAACAUUUGGCACGAAGCUGAUUUCAUCAAGGUUAGUGAUGAUGAGGUAAAUUUCCUCACACAAAAAGAUCCAGAAAAGGAAGAGACAGUAAUGUCGCUAUGGCAUGACCACUUGAAGCUUCUUGUUGUUACUGAUGGCGAGAAGGGCUGCAGAUACUUCACGAAGAGUUUCAAAGGAAAAGUGAGUGGGUUCCCUGUUAAGACAGUAGACACCACAGGAGCUGGAGAUGCUUUUGUAGGUUCCCUUCUCGUUUCCAUCGCCAAAGAACCUUCAAUUUUCCAGGAUGAAGAAAAAUUGAAGAAAGCCUUGAAAUUUGCAAAUGCAUGUGGUGCAAUUAGUACAACUCAAAAGGGAGCCAUUCCAGCAUUGCCAUCUACAUCUGAUGCCCAAGGCCUCAUGGCUGGCUCCAAGGCCUACUAAAGAUUCUUUCUACUGUCUUUUUUUAUUUUCCAUUUUCUCCUAAUUAAUAAGUUUUGUCGGACAAUAUAUUUAGCUCAAAACAAUCAUUUCUCUGCAUAAUCUUCUCAUUGCUUUUAUCAUAGCGCGCAUUCCUCAUGCGUUUUGUCACUAAAAGUCCUGUUGGCUUAUAUAUUACUGCCCUCACUUACCUCCGCUUGGAUGGUGGUUUCCUAUGGUUCAUUAA